GGAGAUUCGGGCAAUGACAUCGCUAGAAUGUGAUUGCGGUAAAAGUCGAACGAGUUUUGAUAGAAGUAAAUCAACAGGUAGAGCAUAUUAUAGUUUUUUAAUUUGCAGUUAAAUAAAAGUAUAGCAUAACCUAUUUUAGGUUAGUCUAAGAAAUAGAAGAAACGAGAUACAAGACAAUUAAUUCGAUCUUAACAAGCUGUGAUACAUUUGUUAUAUCAGUAAUUAAGUAUUUGAUUCAUUAUACUAUAAUUAUGGAUCCAGGAAUAAUAUGUUUUCGUCAUUGUAAUAUUAAGUCUGUCUUUUGUAAAACUAUUCCAGAAGAAUGUCCAUUGUGCAAAGAAUUUAUUGUAAGUUUUCGUAUAGAACCAUUUAGAAUUCCAUAUCCAUUUACAAAUGCAACAAGUCAAUCAACUUCGAUUGUAAUUAAACCUUCUCAUGGUACAUUUUUAGAUAAUUAUGAAAUUAAUGAUCUUUUACAUAUUGGAGUAGUUAACUCUAAUGGAAAUCUUUUUGAAUUUGAUAGAUAUGGUUUAAUUAUUAAUAAUUUUGCACAAUGGACAAGUUGCAUAGCAAUGCAAGUAGUACCGGCUUCUUGGGAUUAUUACUGGGAUGAAAUAUUAAAUAUUAUGAGGCAGGAUAUUAAAUGGAAGUCUAUUAAUUAUAAUGAAGAUACCAUGAAUUGUUUUGAUUUUGUUAGAGAAUUUUUAUAUAAAUUAAAUUAUACUAAUCUACAAUUUAAAAAUGCUGAGGAUAUGUGUAGGGAGCUCAUAUUACCUAAACUUUAUGAAGCUGUUAGAUAUAUUACAUUAUACAAGAAGUUGAAAUAUGAUAAAGGUAUAACAUUAAGCUUCCUUAUCGGUAAAGCGCGCUGUUAUUAAGUCUUCUCAUUAGCAGACGAUUAACUAAU